UCUCCUGAUUUGCACUUCCAUAGCCCUCAGCUAGAAAAGUUUUUCUAGUUCUCUCUAGAGUUGACUUACCUCCACACCACAGUCAUGGCUAAACCUUUGACUGAUCAGGAGAAGCGCAAACAGAUUAGUGUCCGUGGCAUUGUGGGCGCUGAGAAUGUAGCGGAGUUGAAGAAGGGUUUUAAUCGGCACUUGCACUUCACUCUUGUCAAGGAUCGAAAUGUGGCCACUCCUAGAGACUAUUAUUUCGCCUUAGCCCACACUGUGCGUGACCACCUGGUGGGGCGCUGGAUCCGCACUCAGCAGUACUACUAUGAGAAGCAUCCCAAGAGAGUUUAUUAUCUUUCCUUGGAAUUUUACAUGGGGCGUACUUUACAGAACACCAUGAUCAACCUUGGUCUGCAGAAUGCUUGUGAUGAAGCAAUUUAUCAGCUUGGAUUAGAUAUAGAGGAGCUAGAAGAAAUUGAAGAAGAUGCUGGGCUCGGUAAUGGAGGUCUUGGGAGGCUUGCUGCCUGUUUCUUAGACUCUAUGGCAACACUUGGACUUGCAGCCUAUGGAUAUGGUAUCCGAUAUGAAUAUGGAAUCUUCAAUCAGAAGAUCCGAGAAGGAUGGCAGGUUGAAGAAGCAGAUGAUUGGCUUAGACAUGGUAAUCCCUGGGAGAAAGCUCGUCCAGAAUUCAUGCUUCCUGUUCACUACUAUGGAAAAGUAAUCCAUACCCAAAAUGGAACCAAGUGGGUUGAUACUCAGGUGAUCCUUGCAUUACCCUAUGACACACCUGUCCCUGGGUAUAUGAAUAACACUGUCAAUACUAUGCGACUCUGGUCUGCUCGAGCACCAAAUGAUUUUAACCUCAGAGACUUUAAUGUUGGUGAUUAUAUUCAAGCAGUUUUGGACCGAAAUCUUGCUGAAAACAUCUCCCGUGUCUUGUAUCCCAAUGAUAAUUUUUUUGAAGGAAAGGAGCUGAGAUUAAAGCAGGAAUACUUUGUUGUGGCUGCCACUUUACAAGAUGUCAUCCGACGCUUCAAAGCCUCCAGAUUUGGUACAGUAUUUGAUGCUUUUCCAGAUCAGGUUGCCAUUCAGCUGAAUGAUACACAUCCUGCCCUUGCUAUCCCUGAGUUGAUGAGAAUUUUGGUGGACAUUGAAAAACUGCCCUGGUCUAAGGCCUGGACAAUCACAACAAAGACAUUUGCAUAUACCAACCAUACUGUCCUCCCAGAAGCAUUGGAGCGCUGGCCGGUGGAACUUGUGGAGAAGCUUCUCCCAAGACAUUUACAAAUCAUCUAUGAGAUCAAUCAGAAACACUUAGAUAGAAUUGCAGCAUUAUUCCCUAAAGACGAAAACCGACUCAGAAGGAUGUCUUUAAUAGAAGAGGAAGGGGAAAAAAGGAUAAAUAUGGCCCAUCUUUGUAUCGUGGGCUCUCAUGCUGUGAAUGGUGUGGCUAAGAUUCAUUCUGACAUCGUGAAGACUAAAGUAUUCAAGGACUUCAGUGAGAUAGAACAAGACAAAUUUCAGAAUAAAACCAAUGGAAUAACUCCAAGGCGCUGGCUCUUGCUCUGUAACCCAGGACUUGCAGAAUUAAUAGCAGAGAAAAUUGGGGAAGACUAUGUGAAAGAUUUAAGCCAGUUAACCAAGCUGCACAGCUUUGUUUCUGAUGAUAUUUUUCUUUGUGAAAUUUCCAACGUAAAACAGGAAAACAAAGUGAAGUUUUCUCAGUUCCUGGAGAAGGAAUAUAAAGUAAAGAUCAAUCCAUCUUCUAUGUUUGAUGUGCAAGUUAAAAGGAUUCAUGAGUACAAGCGGCAACUCAUGAACUGCCUUCAUGUCAUUACAAUGUAUAACCGCAUUAAAAAAGACACUAAGAAGCCAUUUGUGCCCAGAACAGUUAUAAUUGGAGGCAAAGCUGCUCCAGGAUACCAUAUGGCUAAAAUGAUCAUCAAGCUCAUCACAUCUGUGGCUGAUGUGGUAAACAACGACCCUGUUGUUGGAAGCAAGUUAAAAGUCAUCUUCUUAGAGAACUAUAGAGUGUCUCUGGCUGAAAAAGUUAUUCCAGCCACAGACUUGUCAGAACAGAUUUCAACUGCUGGUACUGAAGCUUCAGGGACAGGCAAUAUGAAAUUCAUGCUAAAUGGUGCUCUCACUAUUGGCACUAUGGAUGGAGCAAAUGUGGAAAUGGCCGAGGAAGCUGGAGAAGAGAACCUGUUCAUCUUUGGCAUGAGAGUAGAUGAUGUUGCUGCUCUGGACAGCAAAGGGUAUGAUGCUAAGGAAUAUUAUGAGAAGCUUCCAGAACUGAAGCUGGCCAUUGAUCAAAUUAAUAAUGGAUUCUUCUCUCCAAAGCAGCCAGACCUUUUCAAAGAUAUCAUUAACAUGCUAUUCUAUCAUGACAGAUUUAAAGUCUUUGCAGAUUAUGAAUCCUAUGUCAAGUGUCAAGAAAAAGUCAGUCAACUAUACAUGAAUUUGAAAGAGUGGACCAGGAUGGUAGUGAAAAAUAUAGCUGCCUCAGGAAAAUUCUCAAGUGAUCGAACAAUUAAGGAAUAUGCUAAGGAUAUCUGGAACAUGGAACCUUCAGACCUAAAGAUUCCUUUACCUAAUGAACCUAGAGAAGUGCUGAGUAAAGACAGUGAUAAAUGAAUUCAGAGUUUUGAACAAUCUCUGGGGGAAGAAGUAGUCAAAUAUUUUACAGUAUUUAAGAAUAUUUUGCAACAUUCCUUUCUUUAAAAAUAAAACUGUAUUGAUUAGUUCCAAGUAACUUUUGGAAGAAAAAUAUGUAUAUCUAUUGGGACUGAAAUAAAGG